AUGGAAGACAUUCAGUUCUCUCCUAAGAUAAAUACCAAGUGUUACCCGUCGGAGACAAUAAAAAAACUGAAAGACUUGUUAAGCCCUGAAGAAUGGAGGUAUUUCAGUCAUGAGUCACAGUUUCAGCAUCUGUUUCACAUGCAAUUUGAUGGCACGCUGAAGAUGGCUCCAGUAGCAUUCCUGAUAAACCAUUGUGUCAAUGCGGAGGAUGAAAAGGAAUUAUGGUUUGUUCUAAAUGGUGUGCCCAUUAGAUACUCCAUCGUUGAACACGCUCUCAUAUCCGGAUUGAAAUGCGGUGAGUAUCCGGCUGGAUGGGAAUAUAUGAGGAUAAGCCAGUUUAGAGUGAAGACUUUUGGAAAUCGAAAGGUAUCUAAGGAGAGUGUGAUAAGACAUCUCGAGAAGACGCCAACUCAAAGGGCUGCUGAUAGGAAGAAACUGGCUGUUAUCAUGUUGCUCGGUGGAAUACUGGAUCAUGGCACCACAGAUGAGUUUAUAAACCAUGAUUUGGUGGAUAUGGUGGAUGAUUUGGCUUUCUGUGAGAGAUUUCCAUGGGGACGCUACACAUUUGAUAGAAUGAUUGAUCAAUUGCUUCCUUUCGAAUGCAUAUCAAAUUUGGGUGCCAACGGGAUGUACAAAGACGUCGAGGGAGCGGAUCCGACGUGUCCCAGAAUGUGCAAGAAGUCUGUCAAAACAAAUGUUAGAUGGAGUUUUAAUACUGUUAUAGACCAGAUUAGCACUAAAGCAAAGGGAAUUAAGAGCAUUCUUAAGAAGGAAGCGACAGAAGAAGCUCUUCUUUUUGAUCUAGAUGAUCUCGAUGGAAGUGAAGAUCCAACGGUUAAAGUAUGGAUGCAAUAUCUUGAGAGGAAUCCGGAGAACAUGUACUGGAAAAAAAUCCAUGAAAUGGAAAUUCGUUCCAGAAAAUCUUCAAAGAAAAAGAAGAAGGGGAAAAGUUUGGUAGAUGAAGAUGAAAUAGAAGAUGAGGGACGAGAAGAAAAAGAAGAAGAAGAACAAGAACAAGAAGCACAACAACGACAACAACCGCAAGAAGGAGUCAUACCACCACAAGGGAUACAAAAAGAAGCACAAAGAGUUCACGGAGUGUCAAGUCUCGAAGCACUGAAGACCGAAUUGAAGGCCGAUUUCAGGGCCGUGGCUAAAGCAUCCGAGCUGAGAAUCAUCGAUGCUGUGCUCCUUGGAAAAGAGGGAUUUGUCCCAAGUCCCACAGUGCAGGAGAACCCGGUGAUAGAUCUGGUAGAUAAGGACAUAUCCAUACCCAGGUCCACAGCGACGCCCAGGUCCACAGUGCAAGAGAUCAGAAAAAGUCCUAUUGCGAAAGAAAGAGUUACGACAAGUCCUUUGAUGUGUUCUGUCGGUACCGACGAAUACUAUGAUCAAGAUGUUGGACUUUUUGAGUUAAGACCGAGAGAUGUGACUCCAUUGGAGUCAGAAAAAGAGAAGACAACUGCCCAGGAGGCAUUGGUUACAGAGAAAGAACCGUCUCCUAAGGAGAAAGAGGCAUCAAGCAAGGAGAAAGAGCCCUCGCCUAAAGAGGUUGAUCUUUCUUCCAUGGACGCAGAAGUAGGAAAAAAUGUCUCCGAAGAAGAUGCUGAAGAGAAUGAUAGUGACGAUGAUGCUGACAGUGGCGAUGAGAACACAGAAGAAGAGGGUGACGCCGAUGGUGAUGAGGGUGAGACAACCGAUGAAGAUUCUGAAAAGGAUGACGCCGAUGGCGAUGAUACUGAUGGCGAAGAGGGUGAGGGAACCGAUGACGAUGAUACAACAGCUGAAUCUUCUGACAAAGAAUCGGAUGCCAAAACCAAUGAAGACACAGAUAUGUCUGCCCCCCUGUUGAACAUGAAGUCAAUCAACCUCCACCAGCAGUUGACUCCUCUGAUACAGAACAGUUGA